AUACUCGUUUCCUAACAGAGCGUUACUCCAGCCCACUUGCCCAAGCCCACCAGGCCGCAGGGUUUAGGGGCAACCAGGGGAAGGGCAGCCCUGAACCGGAACAAGUGUCAGUUCACAUUACUGGCACUGGUCCUGGUUCGGAAAGCCUGGGCAGGAACCGUGCGACCCAGAGAAGCUACCCGCCCAAGGCCGCCUCCAGCCUCCGCCCCACCAGCAGCCCAGGGCCCCGCCCUACCGGCAGCCGCGCCUCGCCGCCCUCCCUCCAGCUUGGCCCUAACGGCUCGCAAUGGCGGAACAGGGAGCCAGGAGCAUCGCCGCUUGGGGAACCUCACCCGCCGGCCCAGGGCUCGGCUCGCUGUCUGACAGCCCCGGGUACUUUGCCCAGCGGGGUGCAAGGCAGGCCUGCAGCAAGCGCCACUCCCGGGCAGGCAGGGCCACAACUGCUUCCGGGUGAGCGGGUCGUCGACCCUGUGGCCCCGCCCAUCCUUUGCCUCUUCAGUCGGCCGCUCAGGCUGCGGCUCCUCCCGGGGCCGGUUCCCGCUGUCUCAGCCGCGGCGCAGAGGGCACAUCAGCCUGACCGACUAGCCGGCUGCCGGUGCCGGGAGCCGCCGCGUCCAUCCCCGCCCGCCUGGCCGGGGGACCCAGGACUGAGUCGUCCAGCUGCGCCCCUCGCCCCUAGCCCCAGCGGGCGCCGGGCGGGCGAGCCGCUCUUCGGCCCUUCCAGGACAGCGACGCAGUCGCAGCGCGCGCACUAACGCAGAUGUGGAAAGAUAAAUGAAGGGGUCUAGAAGUAAGUGUCAGUGGAAAGGAGAGCUACCAUCACUAAGAGACAGGAUUUCACCGUGUUGCCCAGUGUCGUCAUUUUUCUAAUACUGGGCUGAAAACACAGUUAAAUCACUUUCAAAGUUAAAAGACUGUUAAGAACACAAGAUGGGGACUCCUGGUUCUGGGAGGAAAAGAACACCUGUGAAAGACCGAUUUUCUGCAGAAGAUGAAGCUUUGAGUAACAUUGCCAGAGAGGCAGAGGCAAGGCUGGCAGCAAAACGGGCUGCCCGGGCAGAAGCAAGAGAUAUACGCAUGAGAGAACUGGAACGGCAACAAAAAGAGCACUCUCAUCAUUCCUUUGAUCGGAAAUGGGGACAGAUUCAGAAGUGGCUGGAAGAUUCAGAAAGGGCCAGGUAUUCCCACCGGUCCAGUCACCAUCGUCCUUAUCUGGGAGUUGAGGAUGCAUUGUCCAUUCGAAGUCUUGGCAGUCACAGGAACCCAUCGAAGGAUAUAACUGGGACACUUUGGAGCAGAGCCAGUACACCCAAAAGGAAAGACACCAUGUAUGAUAUGUUCAAGGAUAGAUCAUCAAGACUUUCAUCAUUAAAUCAUUCUUAUAGUCACUCUCACGGAAUGAAGAAGAGGUCUUCUGGUUCUCAUAAAGACCCACUGAGUGGCCUCUACUUUGACCAGAGAAACUAUAGCAGUCUUAGACAUAGCAAACCCACCUCUGCCUACUACACUCGGCAGUCUUCUUCCCUGUACAGUGACCCUCUGGCAACAUAUAAGAGUGACAGGGCCUCUUCUACUGCAAAUUCUGGUCUGCUGAGAAGUGCCAGUCUGGCAUCAUUGUACAAUGGUGGAUUAUAUAACCCUUAUGGUUCUCGAACUCCAUCUGAAUGCAGUUAUUACUCAUCAAGAACAAGUUCAGCCCGAAGCAGUCCAGUGUUUACCAAUGAUGACACCGCAAGCAUUGUGUCUUCUGGUCGUGCCAGUCGUGGACAAAGGGAGAGUGUGGUUUCUGCCGCUGAUUAUUUCAGUCGCUCCAAUCGUAGGGGAAGUGUUGUCUCCGAGGUGGAUGACAUCAGUAUCCCAGAUUUGUCCAGCUUGGAUGAAAAAUCUGACAAACAGUAUGCUGAAAAUUACACAAGACCUUCAUCUCGAAAUUCUGCCUCAGCAACAACCCCUCUAAGUGGAAACUCAUCCAGACGAGGAAGUGGGGACACCAGCAGCUUAAUAGAUCCAGACACCUCAUUAAGUGAAUUGCGGGAUAUCUAUGACCUUAAGGACCAGAUACAGGAUGUAGAAGGGAGAUACAUGCAGGGGCUUAAAGAACUAAAGGAAUCUUUGUCUGAAGUGGAAGAAAAAUACAAGAAAGCCAUGGUUUCCAAUGCACAGUUAGACAAUGAGAAGAACAAUUUGAUCUACCAAGUAGACACACUCAAGGAUGUUAUUGAAGAGCAGGAGGAACAGAUGGCAGAAUUUUAUAGAGAAAAUGAAGAAAAAUCAAAGGAGUUAGAAAGGCAGAAACAUAUGUGUAGUGUGCUGCAGCAUAAGAUGGAAGAACUUAAAGAAGGCCUUCGGCAAAGAGAUGAGCUUAUUGAGGAGAAGCAGCGCAUGCAGCAGAAAAUAGACACCAUGACAAAAGAGGUGUUUGACCUCCAGGAGACACUUCUUUGGAAAGAUAAAAAAAUUGGGGCCCUAGAGAAACAGAAAGAAUACAUUGCCUGCCUUAGGAAUGAGCGAGAUAUGCUCAGAGAGGAGCUGGCUGACCUGCAGGAGACAGUGAAGACGGGAGAGAAACAUGGCUUAGUUAUAAUCCCCGAUGGCACUCCCAAUGGUGAUGUCAGUCAUGAACCAGUGGCUGGAGCCAUCACCGUUGUGUCUCAGGAAGCUGCUCAGGUCUUGGAGUCAGCAGGAGAAGGGCCAUUAGAUGUAAGGCUACGAAAACUUGCUGGAGAGAAGGAAGAACUACUGUCACAGAUUAGAAAACUGAAGCUUCAGUUAGAGGAGGAACGACAGAAGUGCUCCAGGAAUGACGCCACAGUGGGUGACCUGGCAGGACUGCAGAAUGGCUCAGACUUGCAGUUCAUUGAAAUGCAGAGAGAUGCCAAUAGACAAAUUAGUGAAUACAAAUUUAAGCUUUCAAAAGCAGAACAGGAUAUAACCACCUUGGAGCAAAGUAUUAGCCGGCUUGAGGGACAGGUUCUGAGAUAUAAAACUGCUGCUGAGAAUGCUGAGAAAGUUGAAGAUGAACUGAAAGCAGAAAAAAGGAAGCUACAACGAGAGUUACGAACAGCACUGGACAAGAUUGAGGAGAUGGAGAUGACCAACAGCCACCUGGCCAAGCGGCUGGAGAAGAUGAAGGCCAACAGGACAGCACUUUUGGCCCAGCAGUAGGAAAACCACCCUUCAGCCUGGGUGAUGCUCCUUGGGGCCCUACCUAGAGGGACUGACUUUUGUCCAUUGACACAGACCCCUUUUAGUACUGUUUUGAGUUUUGUCAUUAAAACAGCCACCUUUGUAUUUUAUAAUUUAUGAGAGAAUGAAGCCAGUUUGAAUCUUCAUGAAUGAACACUUUGGAUUUUGUUGUAGUUUGAUUCUAGGCUAGAACCAGUCCAUGCUGUUUUUAUUUUUUAUCUCCGUAAUUGUAGAAUCAUGUUUACUCAACAUUUUUCCCCAGCUGCCUCAGUAACUGGGCACUCGGAGGCCUUGGCACAGGUUCUGGAGGACAGACAGCACUUCUAUGAGUGCUUACUGAGAUCCUUGCUGGAGACCUCAGAAAACACAAGUGCCUUCUCCACGGUGCAGUUCAGACUUCAGUGAUCUCCAGUGGUCAAAAGACAUUUACCCUUAAUAUCAGACAACAUUUGUAUUUUAGUGAAGAAACAAGUUCUUGGGUGGGGAAUCUAUGUUUCACUCAAAUUUAUAUGUUUGGAGGAAAAAAGCCUUUUUCUGGUAAAAUAUUUAAAUUUAUAUAAGAAAAUGUUAGAAAAACAUAUGGGGGAGUGUAUAUAAAACUCGCUUUAUUGCAUGGGGCAGGGGAAGUCCAGGCCUAAUACUCUUAAAGUAAGAGUUGGGUCCUUUUUUCUUCAAUACAACUGUGCUGUACCUUGUAAAGUAUUUUAUCUGCUGCUUAUUUGUGGAAUGAAACCUCAAACAAACCCAAAGGGGGAGGGUAGGGCAGGGUGGGCAGAUAGGAAAUCUGCCUGCAGAUUCUAUUAAAUACACCCUUUUGCCAACCACAA